AUGGAAUUAAAUAUCUUCUACCACAGGGAAUAUAUCAACUUCGACGUUAUCACGACGUUGUCCCAACAUUUGGGGGACAGGCUUGGGAAGGUCUACCUUUUCCAUUAUUCUCCAAGUGUUCCUCAAUUCAAACCCCUGGCUACGAUGAUGUCAAAGUCGAAUAGCAAUACCACUACGCUCCAUUUCCAAGUGCAGACGCUCAGCCCUGCCAUCCUCGAUUUCUUAUGCCUUGACAUGCCGAAGCUCGUGUCGCUCGGCCUAGUCUAUGAGAAGCUUGGUGCAGCCGGUAGCGAUGGUGGUGGGUCUGAUAGCGACCCUGUGAGCAUCCUCCUUAAUGCUCACCGCUUCCAAGUAUUCCCAACCGUUGGGAAUUGCUUGACCGCCUCCCACGUGCAAUAG